CUAAAGAUAGGAGGGCAAUGUAAAGGUACGGGAACAGGAAUGAAUCGAAACAAGCUUGUAAGAAACUUUAUUUCCUUCACGGUUUGCUUUAGUUACUUUAGCGACAGCAGGCUCAAAGAGCAAUAAAAAGUAACGUUUUGCACAAUGUCGCGGAAAGGCUAGCUGCCUAAGGGUUAUUCCUCUAAGGCCGCCUAAAUUAUUGCUUGGAUGUACAGAGUAGAGAGAAAAGUGACGAAGGGAGAAAUAUAGAAUUACACAUUAGCUAUAUUGUCUUGUUGUAAAGCAACUUACGCCAAUUUAUUAAACAUUUAAAUAUCACUAUGAGCGAGAUCUCGGACUCCACGCAGCAGUCUGCAGCGGGAAAGAGAAGCGCAUCCCCUGAUCCAGGUCGCGCGUCCCCGCCGGCCAAGGCUGCGAAGGCGGCCGUGGCCUCCGGGGCCCUAGCGCCGGGCUGUCAGAGUGUGAAGAACAGUGACACUGCAGGGAGAAAGGAGACGAAGAAAUCAGGAGAAAUCCCAGCACACGGCGAGAAUGGAAGUGCGCCCAUUACAACAAGCAACGCUACACCGCUCUCGGAAAGCAGAGACGCGUAUCCAAGCACUAGCAGUAGCGGCGGAGUGAGGCCAUGCAUUAGUAGCAGCAGCGGGGACGCGCACCCGCGGACGUUAGGUGAAGCAGGAAACGGGAGCACAAGACUCACGGGGCCCCGCCACUCUGCUCCGCCGGAGCAAUCUGAUUGGGCAGCGAUGGUAGCCGCUGAAGCGCUGGCUAGUCUGACUCGGGGAGGUGGAGAUGAGCGUGCAGAGCAGGCACAUACCUCCAAACAAACAGGACUUAGAAAGAAAAAUCUCAGAAAGAGCAGUAAAAGAGACUCUCCUGUGGCCAGGGACUGUGAGCAGAGCCCUACUCCUGGGAAAAGCCAGCUUGCCCAGGCAGCGGCUGCGGACAGUUCCACCUCCUCUCCAGAGGGGGGCACUGUGGACAGCGCUGACGGGCAGAGACUGGGGAUUAUGCUGGACAGAGAUGACGAAGAGGAGGAGGAGGAGGAGGAGGAGGAGGGGGACGGCUCGCUGUCAGGCUUCUCGUCCUCGCGCUGCUCCUCGCGGUCGGAGGGCGAGCCGGAGGAUGCGGAGUGCGCCAUCGUGUCGGUGAAGAUGGCGGCGGAGACGCGGCAGUCGGUGGCCUCUCUGGCGCAGGUGCAGGUGCGUCUGGAGGCGCUGGAGAGGAAGGCCGCCCGCCUGCACCAGCGCCUGGACCUCCGGCUGGCCCAGCAGCGCCGGCCCCACCUGGACCAGCGCAGCGCCAUCAUCCGCUCCAUCCCGGGCUUCUGGGUCACUGCUCUUCUGAACCACCCCCUGCUCUCUGCGCACAUCGACGAGACUGACGAGGAGGCUCUCAGCUCCAUGAGCCACCUAGAGGUGGAGUUCCAGGAGGACCCGAGGAGGGGCUACCGUAUCGCCUUCCACUUCAACCCAAACUCCUACUUCCACAACAACACCAUCUUCAAGGAGCUCCACGUCAGACAGGCGGGGUCCAUGGUGUCCUUCUCCAACCCCAUCCUGUGGCACCGGGGGCAGAACCUCACCUCACCGGGCGCUUCUGAUAAAGAGAGCGGCAGCUUCUUCUGCUGGUUCAGUGACCACAGCGACCCCGGACAUGAUCAGAUCGCCCAGACUCUGAAGGAUGACUUGUACAGAAACCCUCUGAGAUAUUACCUCACCCCCCUGUGGGAGCCACGUGAGAACGGCAGUGGACACAGGGCGAUGGAUCACAGCACUGGAAGCGAUUGUGUGGUGAUCUCAGACUCUGAGGAGGAUGAUGAUGAGGGCACGGCUUGCAGGGAUGAGGAGGAAGAGGCAGACACAGGGUCGGGCGACAGCGAGGGCGCGGAGCUGCGCGGGGGCGACUCCUCCGACAGAGAAAAAGAGGAAGAGGAGGAGGAAGAGGAAGAGCUGGAUGUGGAGGAGCUGGACGAAGAGCAGGAGUCCAGCAGCCCAGAGGUCAAAGGGCACGAAGAGGAGGAGGAUGGGGCUGGAGCCUCGAACUGACCGUCUGAAUAUGAUAACGAGGCUUGCCCUCACGCCAUUUCGUGUACACACACUCUCAGAACCCUCUUCUCUCCCCCUCCUCUAGCGCCUUCACGGUGUGUCACACAGUACCUGCUCCCCUGACCAAUUACAUCAUUACCCACUCAUCAGAGAGACAUAUAUUAAACAGCACUGUAUGUACCCGUGACAACAAGGUAUUCCACCCUUCAGUCAACCCUUACCCGCACAAUGUUGUGCAGCACACAGGUCAUAACACUCAGUACAUACACAGUUCAUAGCAUACACUUGAUGCACAGUUCAUAAUGUACACUAGAUAGACAGUUCAUAACACAGUGCAAACACAGUUCAUGAAGAAUAAUAGCAAUGAUAAUAUCCCAGAGCAGUCGUCUGGAAGGCUGUGUGAUGCGGGGACCAGGGGCCCAUUUCUCUUAUUUUUCUCCUCUUUUCAUUUUCUUGCUCUUUUUUCUGCUCCGAGCUCUACCCACUGAGAGAGCCUAGAAAAACAGCCAGUUCGAAGCCACGUCAUUUAUAAGUCAGGCUUUCUGAAAGAAAUACUUUCGCAAAGGAUGCGCUGAUGUUUCCUUGCUCAGAGGAAACAUUGGGCGUACCUCACUUCUAGCUCCUAGAAAGAACAUUUAACGGGUUGGAAUGUCCCUAAAGAUGGCGGACCUCGAUCGAUUUCUGGGUCAGGAGUAAGGAAAUUAACAAGAGGAGAAAAAUAAGUGAUUGGCAUGAACCCCAAGUUGUAUUUUGUGAGUGGUGAUGUCACAGGGGUCUAGUCUGGGCCGAGUGGGAGCUCCUGGAGUGACCUGUUGUGGUCUGAGCAGCUGAGUACACAGCAUCCGGACCAAGAUGCACCUUCAUUCACACACACACUCACUCUCACACAUACACAUACACACACACACACUCACACACACACACACACACACACUCACACACA